AUGUCUCCUAUUCCCCGGAACCUCGUCAAAUUCACACAGAGAAUCAAAAAUCCUGUUUUGCGCAACCUCACUCUUAAUCUAAUUGAAGAGGCCUCUCAGAAGCCUGACAUGGCCCAUUUUACGAUAGCCAUACUUAAAAACCCAUCGCACACGAGUCACACCGACCCCAGACCGCACACAACUGCCUUAUUUGCAACUGAGGAACAGUUCAAGUCCAAUAAGGCCCAGACAGCUCAUAUAUACCAUGAUGAACAAGGACAAUAUGUUGGUCAUACUCUUUACCAGGAAAGAGAGAACAAGUCGUCGGAUGAGUGA